AUGAGGGGAAGGGGUUUUGGAAGGGGUGGGAAUGGUAGAAGAUAUGGCUGCCGCGCGGCGGACGCGGCGGCGCUGGUGAAUCAGACGGAGGCGCUGUGCGCGGCGUGUCUGCGCGGCGCGCUGCUGGGGAAGUUCAAGUCGGCCGCGAAUGGCGGCAAGCUGGUCGCCAAGGACGAUCACGUGCUGCUCGCCUUCUCCGGCGGCGCCGCCUCCAGGUGCGCGCUCGACUUUCUUCUCGCCAUACAGUCACCCCUCCUUCACUCACAAGGCGCCGCACCGCUCGGCGCGCAAGGGGCGGCGGCGAGGGGGCGCAUUCCGUUCCGCCUCUCCGUUGCCUACGUGGACGAGCGCGUGGCGGUGGGGAAUGACCUUCUGCCACGUGGCACUGCUGAUAAGCUGGCAUGCGAGUUGCGGGAGAUCGUGAGGGACGCUGUUGCGGCGCACAGGGGCGCACGCGACUACAAGGGAAGGGAGAACGGGGAGGGCGGACGGGGGGAGGUGGAGGGAGGGGGAUGGGGAGCAGGUGCAGGAGGAGCAGGGGGGAUGGCGGGGCUGCCAGAGGCGUUUUUGGCUCGGGGCAGGGCGGGCAGCGGCAGUUAUGCUCAGUGGCUCAGGCAGUGCGAGAGGAGCAUCAUUGCAGACUGCCUGCUGGAGGGCGACUGA